GUCUCUCAGGAGAUCGUGGAUGCCGCAUCGUCUUAUUCUUCGAGUGCAGCCCCACCCACGGACCAAUAUUAGAUUUCUGAUGACAAGACCAUGUACACUUCUCUCGCAAUUGUUUCCAGACUUUUACCGGCCACUGUUUGAGGAGCGUGGGGACGUGAAUCUCGUGGUCCUCCGGGAACAUGCCCAUGUACAGAAAACACGGCUUCAGGUGCACCGGCAGUUGAUUGUAGCUCAACUUUAUGGUUAUCAACACUUUGCUCCCGCCUUUGUUAUCUGGAAAGAAACGUUUCACCAUGUCCCACGCGUUCGUACCCCAAAUGUCAUCCACCACAAUCAGAUAUCGUCGGCCGAA